UGAGAGUGCUACUCAGCAGCAAACACAGGGUGGCCGAGUUCAGAUGUGAGAGGUUGGGAGAGAGAGAGAAAAGAAACCUGGGAGGAGGACACAAUCCAGACAGGUGUGGUGUGUGUGUGUGUAUGUGUGUGUGUGGAGCGACUGUGACCAAGAUGGUUCGUGAAGAUGGGUCACGCAGAGAGACGGAUGGAUGGAUGCAUGGAUGGAGGAACGCAUAAAUCGUGACGACCUUGGACCUGACUAUCUGCAACGCUUGCCAAGAGACUGGAGUCUGUGUCACAUGAUCACAACACCUCCUCAGCUUCUGCAGGAGGGCAUGCAGUGCCAACAUGAGUGAUGGGCAGCGUGAGCCAAUGAGCUUCACACCGAACCCAGCUCUAGUCCCAGACAGGGACAGCCUCCCGCUCAAAAAGAGGGACCAAAGAACGAGCUCUCCACCACAGCAGAAGCAGCAGCAGCAGCAGUGUGAUGCUGCAACAUUCAAGGCUCCCUACCCUUACAAGAGCCACAGUGAGUUUAAGGCAAAGCACACAGGUCCUUUCCAGCCCGUACCGAGACGGGUUCCUGCACUGUACCAGCCCUGGAUGCAGACUCACUCAUCUGCCAGGUCCAAACCUCACGACCUCUCUGCAUUUAGGGAUCAUCAUGGCUGGGCAGAGUGGAGAGAGUUCAACCCCUUGCACCCUGGAUGGGCCUUUCCUCACCACUAUCAGCACCACAGCCACUUGUCUCCACUCCACUUGAGCCAUCCACACCACCCCUCCAGGUUCAGCCCUGUCUCCCUGGUUAAUGAGGGUUUCCAAAGAGUGGGUGGAGGGUACAGCUGGGAGCAGCUCAAGACAUUAAGGGACAAGAGUUUGAACGCAGAGAGGCAGAGCAACGGGCGGAAUAAAGGACCAUAUGUGAGGAGAAGAGACAGACAGGUUGAGCAUUUUCCCAGGGUUGAAAAAGCAAGUCCUCCAUCACUGAGCACAUGUCUACCUCACUCUCCACAUGAGGACCUCACAUUGCAAUACGAUGUGUUGCACAAAUCAGCGAAAGCUGUCAAAUAUCCCACAUCUGGACAUUCCUUCAUAAGAGUUUCCCCUGACGAUAACUCAAGCAACAAAUACACCUCCAUGAAGGAGGAUGCAACAAGAUCUUUUGCUCUCCCCUCCUCUGAGCAGGUUUCUUCCUCUUCUUCCUCUCCUAAUAAUUUCCCCUGGCUGCUCCCUCACUUUGUGGCAGGCUCUCUGAUCGAGCUCAGAGAUGGGCGGCUGAGGAGGGUGGAACACCUGCAGACGGAGGAUUUCCUGCUAGGAUCACUGGCCUGUCCAGACCUGCGCCUGAGCUGCUGCACGGUGCAGAGCAUCUCCCCUUCAGCCUCCUCCUCGUCCAUCUCGCGCCUCCUCAUCCUGCUUCACGACCAGCAGUCCCAGGAGCUGGUGGAUGUCUAUGUGGAAUACCCAUUCUUUGUGCGUGGGAGGGGCUGGUCCUCCUGCAGCCCUCAGAGGACCGCACGUCUCUGUGGACUGCGUUGCCGCCAGCUCAGUGUGGGGGACAUCUGCCUGGCUCUCACCCCUGUCUCAGCCCCCCAGCCUCCAUCGUCAGCCGCUCUGGAGCCAAAAACCUCAUCCAGCAAGUCAGAGGGAGGCUGUGAGUCCCUAAAGGCACCACAACCCCAGGUUCCCCCAGGGCCAGAGCAGUUGGCAGGGGGAGAGAAGAAGGAGGCAGAGGCGGUCCGCAGGAGACACUACUCAGCCCCUGAGUUGAGAGGUCCAGGGACUAACUGCAUGUAAUGAGGAGGGUGGUUGUUUUAUGGACAGGAAGCAUGUCAAUCUCUUUUAAGCUCUGCUAUAUUCAGCCUAUAUUUGCUGUCUUUCUACCUCCUGAAUCAUAUUUCUGUGCUUGACUAUCGUUUUUAAUUGUAUCUAAGGAGUAAAAGCUAAACAAGAAGGGUAAGAUGAACUCUCAGGAUCACCAGAGGUAAACUAUAUUUGUCAAACAAUGACUUUGUGAGUUGAGUUAAACAUCACAUUUUCUGUGAGGCUGAUCAAAGUCUAUAAUAACACAGAAUUCAGAUUUCAGAGCUGAGGCUAUGUAACCAAAGUGUUUGUUGCCAUAGGGAGAUGUUUCGGUGACAGUGAAUCUGAGAAAGAUCUUGUAAGCUCAAAGAACAUUGUUUGGGUUUUAAAGCGAGUGUUAUUAUUAUUUCAAGCCGUUCUGACAAAAUCUGCCCACGUUCCUUGAAAAGCGCAGAGAACGACUCCCUCAGGU